UAAUCAAUCCAGCACAUUCAAAACGCUAAACUGCAUUUCAAGCAUUCCUUUUAUUUAAAUAAUUUGCCUGUGACAUCUUAUGUACCCAAUUUUUCAACUUAAUCCCUUAAAAUUUUCCCAUAAAACGCAAGAUAAUAACGCAACAAUUCUUUUUGACUGGGGAAUAGUGUUACCGAAAUCAAUAUUAUAGUUCGAUAACAUAAUUACGUUAACAUAAUUACGAUAACAUAAUUAAGUUUUGGAUUGAGGGGAAAUGCCACGAACUGCUGAUUGUGAAAAACGAGUAGCCGUCGUAUGUUCCGAGCUCAAUUCUAGUUCGGAUGAGGCGGACGAACUGCAGCUGAUGCAGAGUCUCAAGUUCGAGGAGGGAUUCUGCCAGUGGCUCCCACCCGCCGCCUUCUUUCUGAGAAAACAGCAGCUGCUCAACCAGCACGUGAGCGAAAGUGCCGCCAGUCACGUGCAGUUUGGUCACGCACAACCCAUGUCAGCGACAAACUCGGGAGAAAGUCACGGCACUGCUUUUCUGAUGAAAAACAGACGCGAAACUCCCAAGCCUUACAAGUUUGCACACUUGCGAGACAACUCAAACUAUAUCAAACACUACAGAGAAGAGCACAACUGCAGAACAGUCAAGUUGCACCGGAAAGACAUCGAAAUGUAUAAUCUACUGGCCAAUGACAUGAGUGCAUUCUACGACCGACUGAGACGAAACAAAAACGGAGGCGCCACAAUCAUAAACGGACAAAUAUACUUCCGACAAGACGAAAUAGCAGCUGUGAGUAACAUCAACAACAGCCAAUCAGACGCGAACAAGAACAGCGGGGGGUUGGAGGAGGCUGAGAAUCGAACCGCUGCUGGUGGCGUGGCAGCAUCGGUAUCGCAUUCGAUUCACAAACCGUCUAGUUCGAUUCCACUGCAGAGAACUCGUUCUAUUCCGCAUUAUAAACCGAGAGGCUAUUAUCAGAUGCCGUUUUUUAAUAUAACGGGAAAAGUGCUGAAAAUGAUGCCACGUGAGUUUGAAGACGAGCGAUAUGAAGACUAGAUUGGUCUCACCAACGGAGGACAGCAAUUAUUCGCAUUUGCCACGUCUCAGAAGAAU